AUGAUGGUCAAGACUGAAGAUGAAGCCAAGGUCUUCAACAAUGAGCGCGAGCCAUACAAGUGCACAUACUGUGGGAAGGUGGGACACACCGUCGAUCGCUGUUGGUCCAAGCAGAAGAAUGAAAGUCAAGGAGCCCGACGCGGAGGCAAUGGCCGUAGACACGGGGCGAACAAUGUCCAGUGGGGACAAUAUCGUGAUGAAGACAGCGACUACGAUCAAGUAGCGUUUGCAGUUUCGCUAGAGUGUGGACUCUCAGCGAAGAAGGACGUGUCCGGAAUGUGGGCCGUCGACAGUGGUGCAACACACCACAUCUGCCACGACAAGACCAAGUUUACACGCUUGGUCAAAGUCAACGAUAACAAGAUACUGGUGGCCGAUAGCAACAAGGCAGCUAUCAAGGGUGUAGGGACCAGCGUGGAAAAGAUGAUCCUGUCUAUUGGAAAGACGGCGGCUGUGAAGAAGACACCUCGUCAAGCUGCUUCAAGUGUUGAAGCAAGCCGAAGACCAAGCUUCGAUAUACCGGUGGGUACCGGUAUAUACCAGUUAGGGCGAAGUCAGGGAAUAGCGUCAGCGGAAUGA